AUGCAUGUGGUUUCCACCCCCCUCCUCUCGCUGAACGACGAUGUUCUCUUCGAAAUCUUCUCCCUCCUGGACCGCACGGAGGCACUCGCGAUGGCGUACACAUCCAAACGCGCGUAUCGACUCGCUAUCUCCCACGCCUUCGCCAGUCUGCGUUGGAGCAGAGACACGUACGGAUCGGUGCCCGAUCUAGGCGAUUCCUCUGAGGCUCGCGCCCUGUCGGACUACAUGCGCGCACCAGAGCCGCUUUCUCAGGUCCCGCGCGUCCACUAUCUCCACCACUUCACCACGUCGUUCUUUGAACGACCCGACGUACCGAUUCUGCACGAACUUCUCAGCCACGCCUCCAACCUCCGCACCAUCGAGCUCUGGAACUUCGAAUACUUCAUCGGAGAAGAUGAAGAAGUUCUCAGCCGAAUCAUUGGUGCAAUGCGCUAUCUCAAGCAAGCGUGUCUGCUAUUUAUCACCUUUGAGACGAUAUCUAUUCUGCAAGCCAUGUUUGCAAGCUCGAACAUUGCAUCCUUAACACUCGAGUUGGCUGACUCCGACUAUCAAACUUCCGGGCUCGCGGAACUCGUAUCCGUCCUUGCCUCAAUCCCGAGUAUACACACUUGUACCGUCGACUUCAACUAUGUCCCCGUGCUACUGAACACCUUCGGAACACCCGAUAAAAGCCUUCCCUCGAUCCGCCACCUCUCCCUCACAUGCUCCUCAGCGGUGGCCGCGAAUUUCGUGACGCUGUGCCCCAAUCUCUUCACGUUGUCGCUGUGGCUGUAUGGCGAGAACCCGAUAUUAUCUCUGGGGGCGGAUGACCAGUGGCCUACCAACCUCAAGGAGCUCGUUAUUCGAUCGCGCGCUGUCGUUACCAAAGACACCGCCCGACGCAUUGGACGCGUCAACUCUGUAUCGUUAGGGAACAGUUUGGCGUCACUAUCAGGCAUAGCGGUCCUCAACUUACUCCCGCUGUUCGAAGCAACCCAGCCCUUCACUCUUAAACUGCAGAUGGACCCCGUCUUGACCGAACCGGAGCACGUAUGGAAAUCCUUGGGCGGCGCGGUGCCCCACCUCCGCUCUCUCGAGGUCACAGUUGCAAGGUGCAAGGUGCGCGAUUACGUGGACUCGCUGCUGCCCGCGCUGCAUGCGUCGUCGCUCGUCCACCUCACCCUCCACUUCCCGCCGCCCACGCACUCGUGGUCGGUCACUAGCAUGGCCAGGGUCGACGACCAGCGCGCGACAGAGGUCCGCCGCGUCGAGGCACUCCUCUCGCUCCCGCAGCGGCUCGUCGCCGCCGCCCCGUCGCUCCGGCUCGUCGCCCUGCGCUCCUGUCUGCCUGCACCGAGCGCUUUCGACGGCCCGGAAGCUCACGCGGGGCGCGUGCCGGCCCUGUCUACAGAGUUCGCGGCGGAGCUCGCGCGCGAGGACGACGCUGAGCGGCGGUGGGGCCCGACGAACGAGUUCGUGCGCCCCACGCUGCGGAGGCUACGGCAGCUCCGGGAGGAGGUCCCGCGCGACGAGCGGUGGUGGUGGGUCGAGGGCGAGGGUGCGACACGCAGACUGGUGGAGAUCUGGCGGGAGGACGGCGAGCGGGCGCGGGAUCUCAUCCAACACGCGGACUUUGACGCUGCGAGGAGCCUUGACGGGUUCUAUUCCGCGAGGUGUCGGUAUGGGCGGUAG